CGUUUUCGAGCGUUUUUGACGUUAUUUUCCAUUCGCCGGUCGAUUGCAUCCGCACCGACAGCAAAGAAUAUGUAGACACGGAGGAAAACAGUUGUCAAAUGUACUGUCACUCACUCCAGCCUCUUGGCUCCUUAGAUGAGCACCGAGCCGUUAGCAUGUUAGCUUAGCGGAGCGUUAGUGGUAACUUUCAACUUGUUUACAGCCGACACGAAAGAGUUAGGUGGGGCGCUUUAAACAUCUGCGUGUACCGAGUGUAGAGUGACAAAAGGUUCGUUGCAUAACAUAAAAGUUUUUCGUUGACGUCGAAGCAAAGGCACUUGACAACAGUGACGUCACUCGGACGUCGUACGUCGGUUGGUUGUUUUUGAGUGAGGAUGGCACCUGGGAAGAUUUGGUCCAGAUCGAUAGACAGACGGACAGACAGAUAAAUGGAUAAAAAAAAAUAACUUUCUUAAUCCCUCGGGAGUUUUUUUGGGAAGGUGUGAAGAAUGUCUAAGGAGCAGGUGAGUAUCAGUGACCUCCUGCACUCAUUGGAUAGCUCAGAGCUGCAGGAGGCAGAACAAGUGAGGGCCACAGUCAACCAACAGUUGAGCUCAGACAAGGGCGGCGCCGUCCUCUCCGCCGUGGUGGACUAUUACCUGGAGUCCUCGUCAUCUCAGGCCGUCCUCCUCUUGUCCUCCAUCAGGGAGACUCAUCACAAGGCCCUCUUGGAGAAACUGAAUGAGUCUCUGAACAGACCAUUGACCCGAUUGGUUGCUCUAACACUGCUGGGUCAUCUGAUCAGGAAGCAGCCUCCAUGGGUUCAUCACAUCAGCCGGUCGGCCUUGCUGCCAUCUCUGCUGCGCUGCCUCAAGACUGACAGUGAUGUGGUGGUCCUCAUUACUGCCGUCCUGGUCCUCGUCACUCUGUUACCCAUGAUCCCUCAGGCCGGAAAGCAGCACAUCUACGAUUUCUUCGAUGUGUUUGGACGACUGGCGUCCUGGAGCUACAGAAACCCCGCUCAGUCACCUGUGGUUCACCUGGUCCACCUUCAUGCUGGUGUCUACUCUCUGUUUCACCGUCUCUACGGCAUGUUUCCGUGUAACUUCAUCUCCUACCUUAGACUCCACUACAGCAUGAAGGAGAACCUGGACACCUUCCAGGAGGUCAUCAAGCCCAUGUUGGAACACGUCAGAGUUCAUCCUGAGUUGGUCACGGGGACGCAGGACCAGGAGCUGGAGCCGUCCAGGUGGCGAUGUUACGAAGUCCAUGACAUUGUAAUCGAGUGCUCCAGAGUGUCCCUGGAUCCUCUGGAGUCGUCCUGUGAAGAGGACAUUUACACCUCCCUGAGAGAACCCACCUCCACCUCCCUGUGCUCUUCACCCCCACUCAGACCUCCAGAACUCUCCUCCCCGCUCCCUGCCCUGGACCUCACCUCCAGUCCUCUCAUCACAGAGAGUGUUACCAGUGCUGUCGGUUCGUCUUCUUUGAUCUUUGACACCUGUGCACAGGCUGAUGAUGUCACAUGGAGCCCCUCUCUUUACUGCGGCCUGUCCACACCCCCACCCGAGUCUGCCGCGUCAGGCUCCACCCACCCUCUGGGCAGGUGCACCUCCAUCUCAGGUGAGACGACGAUGAUUAUAAUUAUAAUGAUCACGGUGUUCACACACACACACACACACGCUCUCUCUUUGACAUCAGGUGUAAAAUCUCCCUCACUGGCCUCCGUCUCUCCAACGCCACCUAGUGAAGGGAACCAAGAUGGACGCCUGGCUCCAGACAACAACAAUCAGGUGAAGCCGCAGCCAGUCACAGAGAUGCGGCGCUCCUGCUCCGUCUUUCAGGCCGUAGGAGAGCAUGAGAAGACGAGUCGGGGUGAUGUCAUCAGUCAGGAUGAUGUCAUCAACAAAAGCAAUGAAGAUCUCAGGUCAGCGCUCUUACCUUUACCUUCCCCCUCCGUCCCCUCUGAGCACAUCCUCCUCACCUCCACUCCCAGCUGUGAGCAGCCACCCUCAGGCUCACCUCCUCCUCCUCCGCCUCCUUCCUCCUCCAACUCAAUGUGCUUCACCCCGUCCAACACCUCCUCCUUCAGAUCAGAGAAGGGCGAUGUCGCCGUGGUAACCUCCGCCCCUUAUGAACCGCUGUUUGAUUUGGCGCUGCCUCAGGCCGCUCCGCUCUUCAUCCGAAAAAGGACGCAGGAGUUGUUGGAGAAAAUGACAGGGCAGGAGGAGAAAGAAGCCACGGAGGUGGAGGGCGAGGACCGGGAGCUGACCCAGACCUCUCCAGUCCCCUCCCCUCUGGAAGUUUUAAACCAGCUGAUCACGCGUGGGUGUGACACUCACGAAUGUCUCAGCAGGAGGUUGUCGUCCUCAAAUAAGUCUGUGGAUCACAGUCAUUUUGGAGGUAAACAGCAGAGCAUGAAAACCAAAGGUACCUGAACUAACACUCUGGUCUAACUUUACUGAUCAACGUCACCGACCGACGGUUAAUAAUUAUACGGCGGUUCUAUUUUUUUAACCAGAGAGGGUGGAAGAACGCAGAGUAAAGAUGUUGAACUGUGUUGCUUUACUAAACAGCAUGUUACCGCGGAAAUGUUGUCUUUAAACUGAAUGGUGUGACUUUUUUUUUUUUUUAACUCGACAAGCAAAUGAUGAUUUAAAUGAAAACUCGAACUUGACUUUUUUUACUCUCUAAAGUUGAUGCUAAGAUGCUAACCCAGGCAUGGGCAAACUACGGCCCGGGGGCCCUAUGCGACCGCUUCAGCUUCUCAAUCCGGCCCGCCAAACUUUUCCAAAUUAUUAUUUAUUUGUUUAUAUUAUCAUUAUACUACUGCCUUUUCCCCUACAAUACCUAUGUUUCCCCACUAGGUGGUGUAGAAAGUGCUAAAAGCAUUUGAGCCAUUUGAGUCAUUUAUGUUAGUUCACACCAACGCUCCACCCAUCUGCUCCUGACCCCACCCCCGCACCCCCUGCUCAAUUUUUAGGACAAUUGUGGCCCGCGAGUCAAAAAGUUAGCCCACGCCUGUGCUAACCUU